GUGCAGUUGCAGCCCGGGCCUUUGUCUUCCCAUGCUUUUAAUAUUCAACGGUCUGCAAGUAGGGCAGUAGCUUUGGGGUUUUAUUUCAAGUUCCAUAUUUACGUCAUAGCUUAAAUUUUAAAUGCAUUUGAAUGUCAGUAUCAUUAAAUCACCAAAAUGUCUACAAUAGAGGAAAAAUCAGCCAACCAAUUUAUUUCUGCCCUGGUGAAGAAUUUACAAGCUGUGUGUCACGGCCAUGUUGAAUUUGAUAAAAAUGUGAAAGUUGUGGGCCAUUUAUAUUUAACUGUUGACAGUAACUCAGAAUUUAAUUAUAUCGUCAAUGAAAAAGUGUCAAAAAGUGAUGAAUCUUCAACAACAUUUAUCAGUAAAAGUUUUUAUGCCACUGAUCCCCAACAAAAAACACCAAAGAAAAAUGUAGAUAGACCUCUUCCUCCUCCCACUCCAAAUGUGUUGGGAAAAACUCGAUAUGAUAUCAGUGUUGACUUAACAGAUGACCAUCCACCUGGUGCAAUGGGUGGAGGGCGUUAUCAAAUGGGACAGCAGCGUGGUCAGUUUUCCAGACCAGGUGGUUUUCCUGUAAGGGCACCACAAAUGAGACGUAGGCCUAUUGAUCAGAGAAUGUCGCCUCAACAAAUGGCUAAAAUGCCUCGUUUAUCGUCACCCCAGCGUCACCCAAUGAACUUGCCAGCAACAUCACCUCGCAGAAUGCCCACAAAUUUUUCACAAAGAUUACCUACUCCAUCUACAAUACCGUCCAUACCUAGUGAAACAAAUUCAUCUCCAUCAUCCAUUCCACCCGAAUCAGUUUCAGCCACCCCAGCUCAAUCUCUUCCUGGUGCUGAUAAACCAGAAACAGAAUCCAGUGAUGUGGAAAAGGUUGGAGAAAAAACAGCGGAAAAACCUGACAUUAAAUUUGAAGUGAUAAAAGUAGAAAAUGGUAGUGUUGUAGCUAGUAAUAAAGAUGCAACAAGCGAAGGAGAAGAAAAAGAACUUAGAAUAGAAUCUGUGACUAGUCAUGAUUUAUCAUUUGUGCCUGAAACUGAAAAAGACAAAGACAGUGAAAGUAAAAAUAGUGAAACUAGUGACUCUGAUAAACCUGCAUCAGAUCCUCCUCCAGAAACUCUUUCAACAGAAGCAACAGAAACGACAGAAACAGCGGAACCAAGUACACCAAUUAAAAGUCCCCCAAAAUCAAACGAACCUGAAGUCAUAGAAAUAGAUUUAACUAAAGUAAAAGAUGAAAUUGAUAGUUUAUUUGAAACUGACGAUUCCAACAUGUACGAUUCCUCAAUGAGUAAUCAAGGUCAUCAAAGGCAUUCCACAGGUAGUUUUGGAGGGGCACAAGGUGAUAAUAGUCUUUCUAGUUAUGGCGGUGAAUCAAAUGAUGAUGAAUUUUUCGCUAGUUUACGUGAACAAAGUUUAGGACUUUAUCCUGUUGGUUUACAUGCUAACGAAACUAAUAAUCCUAGUCAAAAUUACAGCGGUUCUCUUCCUAACUUACCCGGUGCACAUUCUGAAGGCGCUUAUUUACCAGUUGCUGGUACAAGCGCCUCUUCAUCUCAAAAUAAUCAACAGAUGCCAGGUAAACCUGUACCCACAUGUCCUCUAUGUGGAAAACAGUUCAGUCAUGAAAAGAGUGUCAAACGACACAUUAAAUCAGACCAUUUACACGAGUGUUACCAGUGUCCAUUCUGUGCACAAAUAAUCAAACACAAGCAUCACUUGAAGAUUCACGUCCAACGUCGACACCCAGAUGAAAUGAAUCUAGCGUAUCCUACUCAAAGCCAUGUACCCAGGUGAAAUGAAACUAGAUAUAUCCUACAAAGAGUCACACAUAGGCCAAACAAAACUAGAAUAUUCUACUCAGAGUCAUAUAUAUAGAGAGAGUCAGUACCCAGGUGAAAUGAAACUAGAUAUAUCCUACUUAGUCAUACACGGCAAGCGCCCACACGCAGAACAAAUUAAUCUAGCAUAUCCUACUCAGAACCAUAAAUAGAGUUUACACCGAGACCAAAUGAAUCUGACAUAUCCUACCCGGAACCAUAUAUUGGGAGCGAGUCGGCGCCCAGAUCAAAUUGAACCUAACAUAUCCUACUCAGAACAAUAUAUCGAGAGACAGUGUAUGCCAAGGUCAAAUGAUCCUAGCAUAUUUUACUCCGAACAAUAUAUCGAGAUACAGUGAACGCCCUGAUCAAAUGAUUCUAGCAUAUCCUGCUCGGAACCAUAUAUAGGCCAAAUGAUACUAGCAUAUCCUACUCAGAGCCAUAUAUAGAGAGAGUCGAAUUCCAGACUAAACGAUCUAGCAUAACCUACUCAGAGCCAUAUAUCGAGAGAGUCGACGUCCGCCCCAAAUGAAUCUAGUCUACCUAACUUGGAAAUAUAUAAAGAAAGGAGGUAAAUCAACGCCCAGACCAAAUGAAUCUAGCAUAACCUACUCAGAGCCAUAUAUCGAGAGAGUCGACGUCCGCCCCAAAUGAAUCUAGUCUACCUAACUUGGAAAUAUAUAAAGAAAGGAGGUAAAUCAACGCCCAGACCAAAUGAAUCUAGCAUAUCCUACUCAGAGUCAUAUAGAAUGUUUACACCCAGGCCAAACGAAUCUUGCAUAUCCUACUCAGAGUCAUAUAGAAUGUUUACACCCAGACCAAAUGAAUCUAGCAUAUCCUACUCAGAGUCAUAUAGAAUGUUUACACCCAGGCCAAAUGAAUCUAGCAUAUCCUACUCAGAGUCAUAUAGAAUGUUUACACCCAGGCCAAAUGAAUCUAGCAUAUCCUACUCAGAGUCAUAUAGAAUGUUUACACCCAGGCCAAAUGAAUCUAGCAUAUCCUACUCAGAGUCAUAUAGAAUGUUUACACCCAGGCCAAACGAAUCUGACAUUUUCUACUUAGAGCCAUAUCUACACCAACAUCAAAUGCAACUAACAUACCCUACCCAGAGUCAUAUAGAGUGUUGACACUCAGAUCAAACGAAUCUGGCAUAUUCUACUAAUAGCCAUAUAUAUAGAGAGAGUCGACACCAACACCAAAAGAAUCAACCAUAGUCAGAGCCAUAUAGAAUAUUGCCCCCCCCCCCCCGCCACCCCACUUAAUUCGCGUCUGAUUUUCUUACACAAUAACUAUUGAGACAAUAGUUUGCUAGCUCAAAACAUGAUCGUCAUAUUCUCUUAGGCAACUCAUUUAAGGAAUUUCAUUCUUCAAAAUUAUGAGGUCCCGGGUUCGCGCUCGGUAUUGGCCGAGAAAGUUCCUCAGGCUUUUCCGCCGUGGAUUUCCCUUGUUAGAUCUUUAAAGGUUUUUUUUUUAUUUCCAUAUUUAAAUCUACUAUUUGGGGGUAGGAAUGUAAGAAACUCGUUCAAGAGGAGGCAGUUGUUUAUAUUUUCCCAGGCUAUCAUGAUAAGAGAAUGACUCUUCUAUUUGUGAAUAAGUAUUAAUCUUAUAUUUCUCAAUAAACGUUGAUGCACCUUU